GAGCUAAAUAAAAUAGUACCUUUAUGAUCUUCAGGGUGAUGCGCAGAAGAAUCGUGAUAUGUAUCAAGAUGAGGCCAUUUACCAUUUCAUGGGCAUUUAUAUAGUUGGUUUCCUAAGCACCCUCUCAGCAGCCAUAGUCUACCUCCUCUUCAUUUGGCUAUCUCAAAAGCCUGCAUCCCUUCAAAGCUUCUCAUUUUUUUGCAUUUCUGGAACCUUCCACUGGGUCCCAUUCACCAUUGUUGCUUACAUCACAAUGUUUUCUGCAGUUGAAUUAAACCCAGCUAACUUUGCAAUCUCAUUUGCUAUUGCCUAUUUAGCUCAUGGUCUGAUACUUAGCUUCCUCACCUGCACUUUGACCCAUCUUCUUCAUGAAAAACAAGAUAAAGAGCCAUCCCACCUAAAGACAUGGCUUCGCCAUCGAAUCAUGAUUGCUUGCCAUCUUAGAUUUGCAAAACUCCUGUCUGGAACAGAAGCCUUCUGCAUUUACUUGCGCCUUCUUGGUGCAAAGAUUGGUAAGCAUUGUUCUAUCAGAGCCAUCAACCCUGUUUCAGACCCUAGAUUAAUUUCACUUGGCGCUGGUGUCCAUCUUGGUGACUUUAGCCGCAUCAUUGCUGGGUUCUAUUCAUCCAGUGGGUUCACUCAAGGCAACAUUGAUGUGCAGGAUAAUUCAGUAAUUGGGAGUCAAAGUUUGGUUCUCCCUGGUUCAGUUGUUCAUAAAAACGUGAUCCUUGGCGCUCUUUCAACUGCUCCGAUGAAUUCAGUUCUUCAAAGAGGUGGUGUUUAUAUAGGGUCUGAAACACCAGUCAUGAUCAAGAACACCAUGCAUGCUUUAGAUGAAAGGAUAGAAGAUAUGGACUUCAAAUAUAAGAAGAUAAUUGGUAACCUGGCUGCAAAUUUGGCUGCAACAACUUUAAAGGUUAAAUCAAGGUACUUCCAUCGCAUUGGUGUUAGUGGCAAGGGGCACUUACAGAUUUAUGACAGCAUCAAAGGAUUGCCUGAACAUAAGAUAUUUCAAGCUGGCAAGAGGUAUCCUAUCGUAGUCCGCCAUAGCAAUAGCUUAAGUGCUGAUGAUGAUGCAAGGAUAGAUGCGCGUGGUGCAGCCAUAAGAAUACUUUCAGAUAAAAAUGAACUUGGCAGUAACUCUUCCCUUCUUGAUUUGACACUAAAAACAGGCAAAGCAUUUUAUGCCAGGACGAUUGCUGAUUUUGCAACAUGGCUAGUAUGUGGGCUUCCAGCAAGGGAGGAGUUUGUGAAGCGAGCUCCUCAUGUUCGUGAUGCGGUAUGGAUGUCACUUCGAAAUGCUGACUCUUUCGCCGAGCUACAUUACUAUUCCAACAUCUGUCGGCUUUUCAGGUUUAAAGAUGGACAAGAAAUGUUUGUAAAAUUCAAGCUGAGGCCCAAAGAUGAGAAUAUCAGCGAGGAUUCUGGUAAGGUGGAGCCUACAGGAAUUCUCCCACCAGAAACAGGUGCAAUUCCAAGGAACGAUAAAGAUGGCCGACCCUUGCUAUUCCUUGCUAAAGACUUCCAACAACGAGUAACUUCCCCCGGUGGAGUUCACUACAUUUUCCAGCUGCAAGUCCGGUCAGUUCCUGACGAUGAAGCCACUCGUGAGAUCGCACUUGAUUGCACUAAACCAUGGGAUGAAACUGCAUUUCCAUACAUUGAUAUUGGAGAAAUUACAAUUGAUCAAAAUCUCACCAGUGAAGAAUCAGAGAGAUUGGAGUUUAAUCCGUACCUGAGAUGCCCCGAGUUAGAUGUAAUAACUGCUACAUCUUAUUCACAAAGCGCUUCAAUCGAUCAUGGUCGUUCAUUGAUCUACGAAAUCUGUCAGCAUUUGAGAAACGGUGAGCCACUUCCAGAAUCCUGGAGAAUGUUGAUAGAGCAGUCUGAUGUUAAAGUAGACCUGUCAAGUUGUCCAAUGUCAGGGAUAUUAGAGAAACAAGACUCCGAAAAACUAACUCUAGCAAGAACUUGGUAUCAAACCUCAUGGGCUAUUCUUGGUCAACCAUUACUCCAAAUACUUUUCCCAUACUUCCUUAUGGGACUAGUAAUCUUUGCUCCUUUAAACAAUGCCCUUCUCUUAAAAGAAAGCAACAAACUCUCCUUACACUGGUUACUUCCUCUAGUUUGGGUUUCCUCAGGAACCCUAGCAGCACUAGCUUGUAUUGCAAGUAAAUGGGCCCUGGUCGGAAAAAAGAAAGAAGGUGAAACAGUACUAAUAUGGAGCACAGAGGUUUUCAUGGACACGACAUGGCAAGCAUUUAGAACAGUAGUUGGAGACUAUUUCAUGGAAAUGACAACCGGGUCGAUCUGGUUCAACUUAUGGUUGAACCUAAUGGGUUCAGACAUUGAGUUGGAGCAAGGUGCAUACAUAGACAGUAUGGGAGCUGCAUUGAACCCUGAAAUGGUGGAGGUAGACAAAGGUGGCUGUGUAGGAAAAGAAGCUUUAUUGUUUGGACACAUAUAUGAAGGUGAAGGUGGCAAGGUUAAGUUCGGUAGAAUUCGAGUUGGUGAAGGCGGGUUUAUUGGUAGCAGAGCUAUUGCAAUGCCUGGUGUGAUAGUUGAAAGUGGUGGCAAUCUUGGUGCACUUACACUUGCUAUGAAGGAAGAAAUAAUUAGAGCUAGAUAAAUUAUGUAUCUUUAUGUUUGAUUGUUGCAAGUAAUGUGACAUAGCAGAUGUAAUAACAGUUCAGUUAUGUGGGUUUACUCAAUAAGUUGAUAAGUUUUAUAAUUUGAAAUGGAAUUUGGGGAAAUUCACAUGAUUUUUGGUCUAUACGUAUUGCCCAUCAGGUGUUUGUACAAAUGACUCAGAGAAAAGAGAAGGGGAAAAAAAAUCUAGUUCAUUAUGCUUUAUCUAAAACAAAACACAGAGAAGGAGAAGCCUUGAAUAAAAGAUUCUAACCUUUUCUUUUCAUAAAGUUCGUUCUUGGGUUCAAUUGACUUUACAUGAUUUUUAUUUUAUUUGGUUUUGAUCGGUUGAUGAAUUUUAGACAAGCCAGAAUUUGUUUU